AUGGUGACUGUGAUAGCAACCAAAGAAGAAUUAACAAUACCUGUUAAAAAUGGUCUUACUGGUUCCGAUUCAAAUGAUAAUGAACGGCCAUUUCCAUUUAUUAAAGAUUAUCAAGAAGUUGAUUUUCAUCGAUUAGUAUCCUGUAAACCGUUUCCUGAUGAUUUAUUUGGAAGAGUUGAUGGUCAAAUAUUGAAAUCUUCAAUAAAAGGUACAUUUUUUGUGCAAAUCGAUGGAAUUGAACCAUGCAUUCAGAUAAUUCAUCAAAACGAACAGACAAAUGAUAAUAAUCGUUUAUUUUUAACAAUCACCGAUGGUAUUCGCACUGUCAAAGCUAUAGCAAAUGGUCAUAUUCCUAGUUUAAAUUUUAAUACAAAAAUCGGUAGUAAAUUGUUAUUAAUCGAUACUAUUCCAAUACAAGAUGGUUUACUUCAAUUAACACAUGACAAUACACAGUAUCAAUAUGGUUCAAAUACAUAUUCUCGCGCAAGAUCAACUCGUCGAGGUCAUGGUAGUGGAUCAUACCGAUCUUCCUAUGAAGGACGACGUAACAGUCGAUAUGAUAAUGAUGAUGGUGAAACAAAUUUUUUCAAACGUCCACCACCAAAAAAUACAUUAAUGGAUUUUAUGACUUCAUUAAAAUUAUCAAAUGAUAAUGAGAAUGAAAAAUCUAAAGAAGGCCAUGAUAAUCAUAAGCGUCGAUUUCAUAACGAACAAAAUAACGGCACUAAUUCAACAAAUAAGAUAAAUUCGCAACCGCAUUAUUCAUUGAAUAACAAUAAUAAUAACUAUAAUGAAACAGUUCAACAAGAUGAAACCGAUGAACAAAUAGAUCCAGAAGAUGACCCAUCACAUGCAAACCAUCGUGAACGACGAAAUCCUUUACCUCCGAGACUCCAACGCGUACAAGAAGAACGUUCUCGUCGAAAUACAAAUCGUUAUUACGAUGAAUCAAUACUCGGAAAUGAUCUAAAUAGUAUUUAUUCUAAUGAUACAAUCAGUAAUCAAGCAUUAUCAUCCUCAUCAUACAUACGACAUGGAGAUCAAACAUCGUAUAUUCCUAAUAGCUCAUCUAGUGGUCCACAACAUACAAAUUCAAUUAAUGCGUAUGCACAACCUACUAAUAUUAUUGCUGGUGUCAGUAGUUCAACACCAAAUCAUCUAACUUAUUUUCAAGCUCCGAGUUCUUUAACAUACAAUCUUGCUGGUAUUCCAAGUCCAUCGUUUCAUAAUCAUCAAGCACUUAUUGGUCCUUCGUAUGCUAAUGAUCAUUUAACGUUUUGCUAUGGAGCACCUUAUGGAACUCCCAGUUAUCUUCCAUCGACAAUUACUAAUAAUUAUAAUGGUGAUACAAAACACAAUGGUACUACACAUUCUGAUAAUGAAACUACAACAAGUGCGGCAUCUCAAAAUGACGAGAAUAAUGAUAGUGGCAUUAAAUCAGAAACUUCAACAAGCGAACAAAAACAAACAUCACUAUCAUCCAAUGAUAGUAAUACAACGUUUCAAGAAGAAAAACAUCGAGAUUCAAAUUUAAAUCUAAGACAUCGUUGGAGAGUAGGUGAUAUGUGUUUAGCUCGAUGGAGUGAUGAUGGAGAAUUUUAUUAUGCUACUGUUGUGGACAUACAAUCUUCUUUUUGUACCGUCAUGUAUCAUGACUAUAAUAAUUAUGAACAAGUUCGUUUUAGUGAUUUGAAAGUUCUACCACGUGAUCAACAAUAUUAUUCCCUUAUUCAUCCAACAUCAGAUUUUAAUAUCUUAGCUGCCAAUACUUAUUUCCCACCGCGCACAAAUUACUAUCCAACAACACUCGAUGGAUGCAUUAUGAUGCCAGAGCCACCACCAUUUCCAUUUAAUUCUGCUGGUACACUAUACAUGUAUCCAACACAAAUACCAUCGAGAUCGCGUUCCGAUCGUUAUAAUACUAAUGGCUUUCAACAACAAAUACAGCCAAAUGAAAAUAUUGAUUCAUUAUCUCCGAGUAACAAUUCAAAUGAUACGAGUGGUGUUGAUUCGACAACAACAAUGUUAUCAUCCAAUGAUGAACAUCAACAGCAAGAUUCAUUAUUACCACAACCAUGUUCAAUAACUGAUGCACCUCUAGUUCUAGUCUCAUCAGAUGAAUUAAGUGAACGUUGCGUAAGUGCAGAAAGUUUAACAAGCAGCAAGUAUGAUGAGGAACAAUUGGCAAAAGAAGAAGAAGAAGGAACAAAAAAAUAA